UCAUGUGACCGUCGGUAAUUAAAACCUUUGGCUAUGCAUUCAUGUUCUGAGAAGCAUAACCACACAAACCAUGUGCCACUUGCAUGGAGCAAUGGUCUUUCUGAGGGGGAGAUAUUCUUUGCCGCGUGCUCGAGUGGCCAGGCCAGCAUUCUCCAUCCAUCAUUCAUUCCAGUUGCUCCCGGUUUCGGAUGCCACUCGCUUGUAGGGUUUAGGGCACCCACGGAGCACGCCUUCUCAACAGCAAUGGCAGCGGGAUCGCCGCCGCCGCCGCCGCCGCCGCACUUCGUCCUCGUCCCUCUCGUGGCGCAGGGCCACAUCAUCCCGCUGGUCGACCUGGCGCGCCUCCUCGCCGCGCGCGGCGCGCGCGCGACCGUCGUCACCACGCCGCUCAACGUCGACCGGCUUCGCGGCGUCGCGGAGCAGGCCGCGCGCGCCGGGUUGCCCCUCGAGUUCGUGGGGCUGCCCUUCCCGCCGGCGGGCUCCGGCCUGCCACAAGACUGCCAGAACGCCGACAUGGUCGCCGACAACAGCCAGUUCCUCCCUUUCUUCUUCGCGCUGCGCGAGCUCGCCGGCCCCUUCGACGCCUACGUGCGGUCGCUGGCGCCGCGCCCGAGCUGCAUCAUCUCCGACUGGUGUAGCCCGUGGACGGCCGGUGUGGCCAGCAGCCUCGGCAUCCCGCGGCUGUUCUUCCACGGGCCGUCGUGCUUCUUCGCGCUCUGCGAAAUCAUGGCCGUCGAUCACGGGCUGCUCGAGCUGAUCGCCGCCGCCGGCGACGACGAGCGGCAUCUCGUGCCGGGGAUGCCGGUGCCCGUCACGGUCACGAAGGCCACACCACCUGGUCUGUUUUGCUACCCCGGGACCGAGUUGCUGCGCCGUGAGGCCAUGGAGGCCAUGCGCACGGCCGACGGCGCGGUCCUGAACACGUUCUCGGACCUCGAGGCCCAGUUUCUCGAGGGCUACGAGGCGGCGCUGGGAAAGCCGGUGUGGGCGCUCGGCCCGCUGAGCCUCUGCAACCGGGACGAGGACUCCACAACGUCGCGCGGCAAGACGGCCGUCGAUGGCAAGCAGGCGAUCAUGGCGUGGCUGGACGAGCAGGCUCCCGGCUCCGUCGUGUACGUCAGCUUCGGCAGCGUCGCGCGGAAGCUACCCAAGCAGCUGUUCGAGAUCGGCCAUGGCCUCGAGGACUCCGGCAGGUCGUUCCUCUGGGUGGUGAAGGAGCGCGAGGCGGCGGCGCCGGAGGUGCGGGAGUGGCUGGACGCCCUGGAGGCGCGCACGGCGGGGCGCGGCCUCGUGGUGCGCGGGUGGGCGCCGCAGCUCGCCGUCCUGUCGCACCGCGCCGUCGGCGGCUUCGUCACCCACUGCGGCUGGAACUCGGUGCUCGAGUCCAUCGCGCACGGCGUGCCGGUGGUGACGUGGCCGCACUUCUCGGACCAGUUCCUGAACGAGCGGCUGGUGGUGGACGUGCUCGGCGUGGGCGUGCCGGUCGGCGUGGCGUCGCCGGUGAUGAUAUUCGACGACGAGAGCGCGCCGGUGGCGCGGGGGGACAUCGCGCGGGCGAUGUCGGCGCUGAUGGGCGGAGGGGCGGAGGCCGACGAGAGGAGGAAGGCCAAGGAGUACGGGGAGAAAGCUCGAAGGGCCAUGGAGGAAGGAGGGUCCUCGUACGAGACCCUUACACGGCUGAUACAAAGCUUCACGCGGAGUGAAGACAAAGAACACUAGGAGUGAAUGAGUGAUCGUUGUGGUGUGUUCCUACUUUUCGUGAAAUCCUUCGGCUUUGCCUCACGACGUGUUGAACUGUUGAUGUGACAUUCUCAUACAUGUUCUAUUGUUUUCAGUUUAAUGCCCAGUCUCGGAAAUCAUUUUUUU